AUGAAGGCGAGUACUCAGAGACGGAGUGAAGAGGGCAGCACUGGGCUAGCCCAUGUCCAUUACAAGCUCAAAAAAGUGAGAUCGUCGGCCACAAACAAGGAAGAAGAACAAGUGAAGUUUGAUGAGUUUCGGCAUUUGAUUGGUUUGCUUAUAAAACAUCUAAACAAGCUUAAUAAUUCAUCUAAUUGUCAUGUUCACUUCGUCGGCAAGACGACAACAAACUAUGUAAGCACUAAGCAGAUAAAUUUUAAUAUGGAACCAAAUCGACCUCUUGACAAGAAAGGAAGAACCUUAUUAUCUUUCUUUACAAAGAGCGACAAAUCCGAGAGUACUCCAACUCCUACGGUACCCAAUACUCCAAUUACUACUCCAACUCCUACGGUACCCAGUCCUCCAAUUGUAUCUCCUGAAAUUGAGCGAUCUUCACCUUUCAAUGUUGAGUUAGAACCAUCUGAUUCUAUAGAACAAGACCCAGGAAAAAGAAAGCAAAUAUAUGAAUAUCCGUUUAAUGAACGUGAUCAGAUUAGGCGUGCUUAUUUAAAAGUUGGGCCUUAUCAACAAAACUUUUCGAGUAUCAAAGCAAAGAAUAUGGAAAAUAGAAACGUCAAUUUCAAGAGCAUUGGUACAAUCAGUAUUCUUGGUUGGAGUAUUCACCUUCAACACAUAAGGCAUAUUAUUUUUUCUGCUUCAUUUUCCUCAAUGAAAGUGUUUCACCUAAUAUUUCAUCAUUGGUUAUUGUUGGAUUUGAUAGUUGGAAGAGGGUUGGCCAAGGAAGUAAAUGUGCAUUUCUUUGUUCAUAUUGGCACAACAUCUUCAUCAUAUCAUAAUGGCUGUGAGGGAAGAGCUGAAGAUCUAAUGAAACCAACUCAACAUAUUGACAAGGUAAUACACGCUGUAUCAAGUGAGGAAAAACAGAAAAAUCAUUUGCAUCUAAUGACCACAAUUAUGAGUGUUCGGUGGCUAGCACUUCAAAGUUGUUUAUUUAGAGGUAAUGAUGAAUCUCCAUCUUCACUGAAUCGUGGGAAUGUUCUUGAAAUGGUAGAUGCAUUUGGAAAAAUGAAUACAAAAAUAGGAGAAGUUGUGUUGGGUAAUGCUCCAAAAAAUGCUACAUACACAUCCCCAGACAUUCAAAAAGAGAUUUUGAGCAUUAUGGCUAAUAGAGUAAGACAAAGAAUCCGUAAAGAAAUUGGGGAUGCAAAGUUUAGUAUUCUUGUUAAUGUAGCUCGAGAUGCAUCUUCACAAGAACAAAUGGCUAUUAUCUUAAGGUUUGUGAAUGGUACUCGUUGGUCUUCUUAUUACAACUCUGUAAAGAGUUUGAUUGAUAUAUAUGCUGUAACUUACAAGGUGCUUGAGUAUCUUAGUGAUCAUUCUCCAAAUAAUGUUGGCAAUCACGGAUGUGCUUUAUCAAGCCCUUCAGAAAAAAACUCAAGACAUUUUAACUGCUAUGAGAUUUGUCCAUACUACAAAAACUAUCAUUCAAGAAUUGAAAGAAGAUCACUGGGAAGAAUUUCUUGA